AUGUUCUCACCUGCGCCUUUAAAAGAGCUGCAGCCCGUAUCCAGAGGGCUGAUUAUCUCCCCAAAACCCAGGAGUGCUGCUAGCAUACGCAGUGGGAGCAGUCGCAGUAGUAAUACCCUGAAGUCUGACUCCACCUCCUCUGUCCAGUCGAUGGCAGACGAGAACCUGUCCAUGGUGGACAUUGAAGACAUGCUCUCUGAAAAAGUGAGGAGGAAGAAGGAAGACCUGAAGGCGGCUUUUCAGGCUUUCGACCAGGAGUGCAACUCCACUGUCACUGCUGGAGAAUUCCGGCGCGUCAUUGAAGGCUUUCUUGUCCCACUCACUCAGUACCAGUUUGAGGCUUUACUAUCCAAGGUUCCAAAAAGAAAAAAUGGGAGCAUACCCUAUAUGGAGUUCCUGAAAAAAUACUGCAAAAUCUCACCAGCGAGAAUAAGAAUUCCACAGAUCAGAGGAGGGCAACAGAACUGGACACUUGGGGAGCUUCAGUGUCAUCUUAAAGACAAGAUUGGGAGCAACCUGAAAAAUGUGGUCAGAGCGUUCCGCCUCUUUGAUUUUAAUCAGGAUGGACAGAUACAGCAACAUGAGCUGCUCAGAGUACUGGAGGGUUACUGCUUUCCUCUGACUCAGCAAGAGUUUCACAGGCUCUGGUCUCACUAUAACCCAAACAACACAGAAACAGUAUCUUACAGAGAAUUUCUGGAGAAGCUUGGGGUUGAUUGUGAGAACUGCAGAAAGAUUGCUCCAGAUUCUGCAAAAUUAGCUUUAAAUUGGGUAGCUGUAAAUCAGAUGAAAAGAAGACAAUGCAGUAAAACAUUAGCAUGGAUUGACCCAGACAAACCUGAUGACACUUUAGAUGAAAUCCAGAUCAGGUUCCUGAAAAAAAUGAAUUUAAACUAUGGAUUCAUCCAGAGAGCAUUCCAAGCAUUUGAUACAACAGGAUGUGGGUUUGUCUCCCAGGAAGACCUCAGAUCAGUCCUGAGCAACUUCAUUUUUCCAAUGGAUGAUUACAUCUUCCAUGGCCUGCUGAAAAGAUUUGGAGUUACCAUAACAGAGCCUGUGGAAUGGAGCCAUUUCCUCAGUUUAUUCCGAGAUGAACAGUGUUUACCCGUCAGGGACGACAUACCUCCAGCAACCUCUGACCUGUCCGAUAUUGAGGCAGUCGUACCAAAGCUUCAGGACCACAUCAGUGAAGUUUAUCCCCAACUUAAGAGGGCUUUCCAGGUCUUAGAUGAGAGCAGAAGUGGAAUGAUCAGCCAAGCGGAGCUGCGUAGACUGCUGGAGGGCCUUGUCUUCAGCCUGACUGACCAACAGUUCACCGGACUCACUGCUCUUCUAGUGCCCGACACCACCGGGGCUGUUCAUUAUCAACGAUUUCUGGAGCUUUUUCAUCCACAGGGAAACAUUGAGGGGCUGAGAGGGACAUCCUCAGCACAGGGCACUCCUACUCAACCAGCUGAGGAGUCUCCAGCAGCACCUGCAUGGAGUACAGUAGAGGAGCUACUGAAGGAAAAGCUCUCAGGAGACUCUGAGGCCGUGAUGGAAUUUCUAAGCAACCAAGACCCAUGUCAGACUGGGGCUGUGUCUGUGGAGGAGAUGAGAAAGCUCAUUCAUCAGUUUGGGCUGCCUUUGUCUGUUAACCACUUCAAUAAACUCUGUAAUCCUUUUUGGGGGGCUAAAGGAGUUAACUACAGGAAACUGUUACGGAGUCUAGGUAUUCCCAAAGACAGUGGUGGGAAAAAGAGCCCUAACAAGGCCCCCAGUCUGACUGAGAGACCUCAGAGGCGUGGUCAUUUGGACAGCGUUAAGAAUCAGGCUGUAGUGGACGUUGUCCUGAGGAGGCUCAGAUCCAGCCUGCAGCAGCGUGGUCUGUCUCUGCAGGACUGUCUGACUGCCGCCAGUACAGGCUCAGGGGAAACUCUAGGCUUUAGGGGUUUCUGUAAGAUUCUGGAGGACUCUAACAUUAUCUUGGAUAAACGACACCUAAAACCUCUCCUAGAAGCCCUAGAGUUUUGUGAUGGACAGAUUUCCUUUUCUAAGUUUGUUGCUAAAUAUGAAGAGGCUACGGUGAAGCAGAGGAAAACAGAUCUACAGAGAAACCCAAAGACCACCAUGGGGAACACUGUAGGACUGAUGGUUGCAGAGGACUGCUUGUCUCAAAUGAAGAGGAGAAUUGAGAAGUACCAUGGGAACAUUUUUGCAGCUUUCCGUCUUAUGGACAAGAACCAUGAUGGUGUGGUGAACCGGAGUGACUUCAGGAACCUUUUUGACACCUUGAUGUUUGUCAUUAAGGAGAGGGAGUACCAGAGGCUCCUGGACCUGCUGGGCCUCACGCCCGGGGCCACACUCAACUAUGCUGAGUUUUUAAACUGUGUCCAGUCAGCUGACAGGACUACAGCACAGCUCAACAUCAACAGCACGUCUGACCAGUGGCUCGAUCUUGCAUGUGAGCAGGUUCACAAUCAUCUGACUGAUAAAGCACGUCACAGGUGGUUGGAGCUUUCUAAGGCCCUUUGCCAGUUUGGUGAAGAUGGUAAGAGAAUUAUCACGAAGAACAACCUCAGGCAUGUUCUAUACAGAUACUGUCUACCCGUCACUCCCACAGAAUUUGAGCACCUGUGGGCCAGGUACGAUGAGAGUGGACGUGGGUACCUCACUCAGUCAGAGUUCCUGGACAAACUGAAUGUGGUACCAGAGGAGGAGGUGAGUCGUGUGAGUCACGUGACCGCAGAGAGCCAAUCAGACCCUCAGCUUCAGGAACAAGUCCACGGAAGGAUUCCAGUGACCACUCGCAGCAGACCUGCUUUGCAAGACCUCAUGACGUGGAUAAGGACCAACUUUGAGGCUGUGAGUGGGGCUCUGGUGGAGCUGGAUAAGGAGAGGAAUGGUUGUGUUACACUGUCAGACCUGCUCAGGCUGUUUCACACACUCAGCUUCCCCAUAGACGAGACAGCACUGCUACAACUACUCAACAACCUUGGCACUGACACCCAGGACAGGAAGUUGUUAUAUCUUGACUUCCUGGAGCGUCUGGUCAGGCGUGGUGUCAGUGGAUCUGUGAUAGCAUCUCCUGUGCACAGGACUAUUAGUGGUUCUCCUGGUCCAGGGGAGAGUCUGGAGGAGCUGAGCCCAGACAGGGCUCUGCAGAGAGUGAGACAACUCGUCACCUCUAACUCAGACUCCCUCUACAGGGCCUUCUCAGCAUUUGAUAAGACAAGGAGCAGUUUAAUACCACAGCUGGAAUUCCGGAGAGUUCUAGACCACUUUUGCACCAGGCUCACAGACGAGCAGUUCAGACGUCUACUAAUGAAACUGAGACUGGAAUAUGGGGAAGACAGCCUAGUGGACUGGACAGAGUUUCUACAAGUCUUCAGCCUCAACAAGCAGGAGACACUUGAUGAAUGGAUUCAGAAAAUCAGAAAGGCCCAUUUCCCAAACCAAGCCCAUCCACUACCGAUCCAUGACGUGUUGAGUAGGAUCCAGGAGGUGGUGUCCACACGUCUCUACACCAUCACCAAUGAGAUGGCAGACACUGAUUAUGCCCACAUCAAUACCAUCUCCAGAGAGGACUUCAAAACCAUCUGUGACAAACACUUUGUGAGACUCAACAGUCAGCAGUUUGAAACCCUGUGGAAGAUUUUACCAGUCAAUGUGUUUGGGAACCUGGAGUACCGUGAGUUUCUGAAGAAGUUCAGUGGAGAGAUUAAAGAGUUGGACAUGUCUGGAGGAUCCCCAUUGUCAGGCCCUGCUAGUCCGACAGAAAGCAAAGCAGCUGUCCUCCAACGACCAAAAACAGUCCCCUGCCUGUUAGGACGAGCCAAGAGGAGACUGACAACAGUGGGGAGAAGGCCCUGUUCAGCAGGAGGGAGAGCAACGUCCCUGCUGAACUGCGAGGUCAUGGAGAAGAGGUUGUGUUCACAAAUUCGAGGCUGUUGGAGGGUGAUUCAGAAGAAGUGCAGGGAGGUGGACACUGACAGAUCUGGGGAGAUCGAUGUCCAGAACUUUCUAGACAUACUGAAUGGCCUCCAUGUUGAAAUGAGCCAGUUGGACUUUGAGCAACUGGCUUUGAAAUAUGACAUUCACAACAGUGGUCGCUUCUCGUACCCAGAGUUCCUGCGUCACUUCGUUCUCACGCUCAGUCCUCAGGUCAUGACCUCCUCUAACAGACUCAGGCUGCAGGUUACCAGGGCUCCGUUAAGUGCUGGACCACUCAGUGAUCAGUGUGUGGAAGCCAUGCUCAGAUUGUAUGGGUGUGUCCAGAUGUUUUGGAGAUCUAUUAGACAGGACUUUGGCUCCUUUGACAGAGAGCGCAGUGGAACAAUCUCUCUUAAGGAUUUCAGAAUAGUUUUGAGACAGUACAGUGUGAACCUCACGGAGGAAGAAUUCUUUCACCUCACAUCUUACUUUGACAAAAACAUCUCAGGAAGAAUACCCUACAAUGACUUUCUGCGUAUCUUCCUAAAUUAA